UUAAAGGCCUCGACCUUUUCCAAACAGAAAUCACAACGAGGGAAAUGGCUGCAGUGAGCGAUUUUGGUCGGUUGAAUGGAGCAGACAGGAUUCCAAGACCUUUCCUUAUCGGGGUUGCUGGUGGAACUGCCUCGGGAAAGUCUACGGUAUGUUCUAAGAUCACGCAGCUGCUUGGCCAAUCAGAGGUUGAGACAAGACAGCGACAAGUUGUCAUCGUCAGUCAAGAUUCGUUCUACCGAGAACUCAAUGCAGAGGAGAAAGAAAUGGCUGCUGCGGGCACCUUCAACUUUGAUCACCCUUCUGCAUUUGACUUACAACAGAUGAUCCAAACAAUGACACUUGUCGCUGAAGGCAAAACAGUUGAAAUCCCCAACUAUGACUAUAUUUUAAACGCCAGGCUGCCCAGCAAACAGAAAGUGUAUCCUGCAGAUGUUGUACUCUUUGAGGGAAUUCUCGUUUUCUACUUCCCAGAACUCAGGGACAUGUUUCACAUGAAACUGUUUGUUGACACAGAUCCAGAUACAAGGCUUAGUCGCAGAGUUCUGCGUGACACGAAGGAACGAGGACGAGAUCUGGACCAGAUACUGAACAUGUACACGAGCCACGUGAAGCCUGCAUUUGAAGAGUUUUGUCUUCCAACAAAGAAGUAUGCGGAUGUGAUCAUACCUCGUGGAGCAGACAAUACAGUAGCCAUUGAUCUGAUUGUUCAACACAUACAAGAGCUGCUGAGGCCGUCUAACCGGGACACCACAAGACGAUUGCGUCAUCAUUCUGAUUCUGGGUCAUUUGCUAGCCGUCCACAUUAGAGGGGCGGUGUUUUUGUCCUUGUUUUUGUUUGUAAAACAUACAGAUGCAAUUUAUACAGGCUAGUCCUGAUAAAUGUAUAAAAAAAAUUGUAUUUUUUUGUUAUUUUGCUUUUUUUCCCUAAGGCAGCUGUUUGUUCAAUAUAAUCAUAAAAACAUAAUUGUUAUUUUGUGAAUAUCUUAGAACAGUUAAAUAUAUCCAAUAUUAAUAAAAUUAAUUAAUUUAUUAAUGUUUGCAAAGCAUUUUGCUAUAGUCAGUCCUGACAAAUGAAAACAUUGAAGAUUAGACUAUUGGUGUACUGGUGACAUUAUGAAAUAGCCAAACACUUCUUUGUUAAGUCCACUGGCUCUAAAUAGCCGUUAAUGGGGGUUCCAUGUAUUGUGUGCAUACCUUAGUCUGUCCGUCAAAACUUAUCCGGAUUGUUACUUUAUCAGUCAUGAUGCAAUUUUACAAACCACCUUUGUUCACCAUGUGGAGAUAGCGUGUCACAUGUACAGUGCCCCAAAUAAUUAUUUUGGAUAAAGAGUUUUCACCCAUUGAUUUACAAAAAUAGGGUGAUUUGAUUCUUGAAAUAAUGUGAAAUGAGUUAUAAAAAUGCAUGCCUUAAAAUCAUUGCUGCUUUACUUCUGUUUAAUCUGCACACUUGUAUUGAUUCAAUAAUUCUGAAAACUAUCAUAAUUAACUUUGAAAAACCGAUAUUUCAUAACAUCUUUCAUUAUGGAACAGUUUGCGAUCGACUGAUAUUUUGCUGCAAUUAUCAUGGACGUCUUUUGACCUCUCUUAAACAUUUUUAUUUCGAAUCGUAAUAGAAACUGAAAGUACAGAUGCUUUACAAAUACAUGCGCAAUAAGUGACGGAUUAAGUCAGUUUGAAAACGCAUGUAUGUCGUCGAAAAUAAUUUGGUCAGACGCUUUUUUCAACUAUGAUUUCCAGUCCCUCGAGCGUUUGAAUAACUUUUACUGUUUUCCUGCUCCGUCAUCCAGGCGCUUCUGAAUGAAAGCGUAGCCGCGUGAGUUACGAUUAUAAUUUCAAAGAGAAAAUACCGAAAAUGAGCAAAGCAUUUUCGAUCGAAGCUAUUGUAUCGUACGCAUCAAAUUUGACGAAUUUGCGUAAAAGUCAAAUUGGUUGCGUUUUAAAUACGCAUGAUAUUGUAUUUCUUUGCGUUUUUAAACAUUUUAAUAGGGUGAAAGACGCAGAUAUGCAGCUUAUCUGGGGCACUGCAUGUAAGACCUGUUUCAUUCAGAGUUCAAAGGUCAAAAUCACAUUGAGUUGUCAAGUCAAAAUAAGGCAUAAUACAGCAUUUCCAGACUGUAAUUUCACUGAUCAUGCAAAUUUAAAAUAUCUUUACAAAAUGUUCACAAUAUCAAGACUGUGUGACAUGUUUAAGACCCGUGCCCCAACUUCAAUUGCCAUAGUCACACUUUUAUAUAAGGUCCAAUUUUUGAAUGAUGCAGCUAAAAAAUUACAAGCCUUGUUAUCAUGUUUCUUUCAUUAAUCUACUACAAAAUUACUUCAAUAAUUAAACCUUUCCCCCAUAAAAAGUAAAGUGAACAUUGCUUUUGCAACCAGCAUAAACUGGCAGUCUGUAAAGAUCGUAUGCUGUUUGCUGCUCAUUAGCAUCUAAGGGUUGGAAAUGACACCUUUAACCCUUUGCAUGCUUGGAAAUUUGUCGUCUGCUAAAAUGUCUUCUGCUGAAUUUCUAAAAUUAGCAUUUUCUUCGAUUUUUUUUCAAAGAAUACUAUCAGAAUAGCAAACAGUUUGGAUCCUGAUGAGAGGCCACGUUCUGUGGCGUCUCAUCUGGAUCCAAACUGUUUGCAAAGGCCUUUAAAAUUCGGUUCUAGCGCUUAAAGGGUUACAGCAUUUGAGUAGUGUCAUCUCAGAUUAGUCUGUGCAGUCCGCACAGGCUAAUCAGGGACAACAAUUUGCGCCUAGACUAAAUUUUCCUCACGAAGGGUUUUUCUUUUUAAAAAAGAUGCAAUAAAAGCGGAAAGAGUCGUUCCUGAUUAGUCUGUGCGGACUGCACAGGCUAAUCUGGGACGACACUUUACGCACACGCAUUAAGCCCCCUUUUUUACAGAGUAAGGCUCAACUUGAACUUUAACUGCUUUAACUGUUUUGUAUUAUUUAACAAUUCUUGUCUUUUGAGCUUCAUUUGUAUUUGAUGUAUUCCAUAAUUCUAUACUUCAACUUUCAAUAAUUUGACAUUAAUUACUUUUUGUUUUGUGUGUGUAUUCCAUCAAUAAGUAUUGUAUAAAGCAUUUACAUAUAAUUCUGUUAAUAUAAAUACAUGUAUAUUGUGUUUACCUUUUUUGUGUGACCAUGUGUUCAUGUUGAUGGAAGAUACUAUAACACUCUUUUUUUUAGCUCGUUCAUGGUGAGCUUUUGUGAUCGCCUUUUGUCCGUCGUGCGUCGUCAACAUUUUGCCUUGUGAACACUCUAGAGGCCACAUUUAUUGUCCGAUAUGCAUGAAACUUGGUCAGAACAUUUGUCCGAUUGAUACCUCGACUGAGUUCGAAACUGGGUCAUGCCGGGUCAAAAACUAGGUCACUAGGUCAAAAAAAAUAAAAAUCUUGUGAACACUGUAGAAGUCACAUUUGAUGCCCAAUCUUAAUGUAACUUUGUUAAAAUGUUUGUAUAAAUGAUAUGUUGGUUGAGUUAAGGUAGUGCAUCUCUAAUGAUUUCCCGCGAUUUAUUUUACGAUCAUUGCCGAUCUUCAAUGAUCACUUAUUUCCGAGAGAUGCAUUUUAUUUUUUUCAAACUUCGAAUUUUGAUAUAUGUUUAACUUAUUCAUUUAGAAUACAUUAUUUUCACUAUAAAUAUUGACUUUGAUUCAAUUAUCAUCUGAAAAAUACGAUUUCGCGAUUUCUUCAAAGAUCGAGCGAGCCUUUUUACCUGUUUACUUAUGGAUAUCUAAUUUAAAGUUGCCCUGAUGUGCAGUUCUCAUGGCCGAGUGGUUAAGGCGAUGGACUAGAAAUCUUUGGGAUCUUCCCGCGCAGGUUCGAUUCCUGCCGACAUCGCAUACUUUUUGCGACGCGUUUUAUUUCUUUUCUAAUGUAAUUUGAUUUAAUAUAGCACAUAAGCUAUGUUUAUUGUUAAAUAUGUUGAAAAUUGUAUGCACAUCCUUCAAUUUUAAAAUUAAAACAACGUUUUGGCUGAAUUGAUUAAUUUACUGCUGAAAAUACGAAUGAUGCAUGUUGCAUUUUUAUUUUUAUUUAAAAAAAGUAAACGGUAAAUCUGUCUAUGUUUUGGUAUUUUUGCUGUUUAUAGUGUUUCUAUAAAAACUAAGUUUAAAAUAUAACUUAAAUGAUACUAUUUUGAAUUUUAUGACACUUUGUUUUUAACCGACCCAAUUUUUACUUGGCUGAAAUCACUUACAUUUCAUGGCGCUAUUCCAUAGAUUAAAAUUUGUAAAAAAUAAAUGUCUGUAAAAUAAUACUUAUUUCAUCUUGUUUAAACUUUAAACACCUUAACUGCAUCUGUACUCACCAACUGCAUGCCCAUAUUUGGAAAUUUGAAUGAAUUAUGGAACUUUUAUAUACCCCAGGGGUGAAAAUAAAUUGGACAAAAGCCGAGAGUGAGGGUGGUUUUGAAAAAAUCGGUAUAUUUUUUUUAAAAGCAUGGAAAGCCUACCUACAAAUUUGCAUGUAGUUCAGUGAAAUGAUGCUGAUUAGGAAAAUAAUUAAUUAAAUUAUAUUUGGAUAUGUGCCCAUUAGAGGUGCGCUACCUUAAAAAAUGGUUCUGGUCCGUUGAAAAACAUGGCCUUCAGGGGGCGGGGCAGUAUUCCUUAUAUGGCUAUAGAGAAACCUUGUGAACGCUAUAGAAGUCACAAUUUUUGCUCAAUCAUCAUGAAACUUGGUCAAAACAUUGGUUUCAUUGGUAUCUGGGAUGAGUUCGAAAAUGGUUUAGAUCGGUGAAAAACCAUGGCCGCCAGGGUGCGGGGCAUUUUUCCUUAUAUGGCUAUAAAUGGCUAUAGUAAAAUCUUGUUAACACUCUAGAGGCCACAUUAAUUGGCCAAUCUUCAUGACACUUGGUCAGAAGAAUCAUCCCAAUAAUAUCUUGGAAGAGUUCAAAACUGAUGCCGGUUGGUUGAGAAACAUGGCCGCCAGGGGGCGGGGCAUUUUCCUUAUAUGGCUAUAGUAAAACCUUGUUAACACUUUAGAGGCCACAUUUAUUUUCCGAUCUUCAUGAAACUUGGUCAGAAGAUUUGUCCCAAUGAUAUCUUCAAUGAGUUUGAAAAUGGUAACUUUUGCUUGAAAAACAUGGCUGCCAAGGGGCUGGGCAUUUUUCCUUUUAUGGCUACAUGUAUACAUGGCUAUAGUAAAAUCUUGUUAACACUCUAGAGGCCACAUUUAUUGUCCAAUCUUCAUGAAACUUGGUCAGAAGAUUCAUCCCAAUAAUAUCGUGGAAGAGUUUAAAAAAUGAUGCCCUUUGGUUGAAAAACAUGGCCGCCAGGGGGCAGGGCAUUUUUCCUUAUAUGGCUAUAGUAAAACCUUGUUAACACUCUAGAGGCCACAUUUACUGUCCAAUCUUCAUGAAAUAUGGUCAGAAGAUUUGUCUUAUUGAUAACUUGGAUGAGUUCGACAAUGGUUACGUUUUCCUGAAAAACAUGGCUGCCAAGAGGCGGGGCAUUUUUCCUUAUAUAAAGUAAUAUGGCUAUAGUAAAAUCUUGUUAACACUCUGGAGGCCACAUUUAUAGUCCGAUCUUCAUGAAACUCGGUCAGAAGAUUCAUCUCAAUAAUAUCUUGGACGAGUACAAAAAUGAUGCCAGUUGGUUGAAAAACAUGGCCACCACAGGGGCGGGGCAUUUAUCCUUAUAUGGCUAUAGUAAAACCUUGUUAACACUCUAGAGGUCACAUUUAUUUUCCGAUCAUCAUGAAACUUGGUCAGAAGAUUUGUGCCAAUUAUAUCUUGGAUGAGUUCGAAAAUGGUUUUGGUUGCUUUAAAAACAUGGCCACCAGGGGCGGGGCAUUUUUCCUUAUAUGGCUGUAUAUGGCUUUAGUAAAACCUUGUUAACACUCUAGGGGCCACAUUUAUUGUUUAAUCUUCAUGAAAUUUGGUCAGAAGAUUGGUCUCAAUGAUAUCUUGGAUGAGUUCGAAAAUAAUUAUGUUUGCUUGAAAAACAUAGCUUCCAAGGGGCGCGGCAUUUUUUCUUGUAUGGCCAUAGUAAAAUCUUGUUAACACUCUAGAGGCCACAUUUACCGUCCGAUCUUCAUGAAACUUGGUCAGAAGAUUUGUCCUAAUAAUAUCUUGUUAACUCAGGUGAGCGACUUUGGGCCUUUCAGGCCCUCUUGUUUCAUUUUUCACAAAGACACAAAUAUUGUUGUAUAAAUUAUAAUAUAGUUGUUAUUUUUGCAUAAAAUGUUUAGGAACAUGGUAAAACAAUGUGCUUUUCUAAUAGGCUUUGUUGUUUGCUACAAAGCAAAGCAAUAACAGUUAUCUAACAGCUCUCAUCAAAUUAUAGACUUUCAUAUUGAAACUGAAAGUAGAAAACUGUGUGUAGUCUAUUUUCAUUAAGUGCAUAAGAAUGCUAAUGAAUGUUAAAGUUGUUUAAAUAAGAUGUUUAUAAAAAAAUAUUUGUUCAAUUUAAUCGAGUCAUUUUGCAUUUAUAUUUGAGCAUAUGGGCUAGAAAAUAAAUUAAUAAACUGAGUUUACAAUAAUAUUCAUUCAGCUUAUGCAUUUCUUGUAAAAAAAAUACCAUUUUUCAUCAUUAAUAUGCAGUUUAAUCAGGCCGAUAUUUCCAGUUGUUUGUUGUUCUUUGAAGAUAAUAAUAUAAAAAUUAUAUGAAUUCAUGUAAAAAGGGGAUUUAAUUUGUACUAAUAUUUAGAUGAGGAGAAUCAUAUCCCAAACAUUAUGGUGGGUAGGAGAACAUGCUUUGACAAUUUCCAAUUACUUCAAACUUUAUUUUAAGAUGAACUCUUUACCAAAUAGUUUGUUCAAUAUGACUCCCAAAUGUUGGCAUGUCUUGAGUACUGUUGUUUAGGUAUAUGUGCAACCACUCAAUAUCACUGUUCCUUCUGCAGGUAUUAAGUUCAAACUUAACACAUGGUCAGGGUCUUUGUGUGAUGUCACUGACCAAGUUUCAUAACUCUGAUGUGCAAAUAAUUGUGCUCAUUCUUAGAUCGGCUGUUUUUUUUUAGAAAACCCGAGGUAUUGUCAUAGCCAGCUCGUCGUCCUCCGUCAGCCGUCCCCGUAGGCAUCGUGCUAAAACCUUAACAUUGGCUCUAAAAUCAAAGUGCUUCCACCUACAACUUUGAAACUUCAUAUGUAGAUGCACCUUGUUGAGUUAUACACGCCACAUCCAUUUUUGGGACACUAGGUCAAAGGAAAAGGUCACUGUGACCUCUGAUAUAAAACUUUAACAUAGGCUCUAAAGUCAAAGUCCUUCCACCUACAACUUUGAAACUUCAUAUUUAGAUGCACCUUGAUGAGUUCUACACGCCACACCCAUUUUUGGAUCACUAGGUCAAAGGUCACUGUGACCUCUAAUAUAAAACUUUAACAUAGGCUCUAAAAUCAAAGUGCUUCCACCUACAACUUUGAAACUUCAUAUGUAGAUGCACAUUGAUGAGUUCUACACGCCACACCCAUUUUUGGGUCACUAGGUCAAAGGUCACUGUCACCUCUAAAAAAAAAUUCUGACAAGCUAUCGCAGCCGAGCGUAGCACCCGUUAUGCGGUGCUCUUGUUAUACUUAGAAAUUAAGAUUAACAGUUGCUUGCAAAUACUACACAUGUGUAUAUCUAUUACAGAUAUUAACCCUUUCCCACUCGGUAGCAAAGUGAAAAUGGCUAUGUGCAAACAGCAUAAAACCAGAACAGCCUGCCAGUAAGUCGCAGUCUGUUCAGGUUUUAUGCUGUUUGCUGCUCAUCAGCAUCUAAGGGUUGGAAAGGAAGCCUUUAAAACUUUAAUCUUGUAAGAAAGGUCUAUUAACAUUCACUGUCCAAGACCUGUAAAUGUGACAACUUUUUUAGCCCCUCUUUAUAAUUACAUAAGCCCUUUUGAAUUGCAUUAACCUGGGAUUAAACUUUGGGGGGUAAAGCAUGCUUGAUUGAAACCCAGCAUAUGGGGCAGGUGGGUCAGUCACUGUUGUUAAAAUAGGUUAAGGGUUUCUUUUAAAACAGUAAGAUUGGCGAUAUUUCUAGGAAAUAUUGCGUGCAUGAAGCUUACAUGCUUAUCAAGCAGGGGUUGCAUUUUCGGUUUCUAAGGUCAAGAUCAUUGUUGCUACAAGGUCAACAUCUACAAGGUCAACAUCUAGGGGAAGCUCUUGCUGUCUUUGUUUCAUGUGUUGUACUUCAAACAAGUAAAAAAGGUUUGAUUCCCAUAAAUAAAAUAUUGUGUAAAAUUAUUUUAAAAUAUUUUUAUGUGUAAGAUUUCAAAAGAAUGAUUUUGCAAAGCAUUCUAUAAGCAUACCAGAUUAUGUGCUCCACUGUUGAUGCAAUAAGCAGAGAUUCAUUGUUUGUAUAAAGUUGAUUGUAUUUGUAAGUUUUUUCUUGAUACAAUCAUGUUUUAAUUAGGUUAUUUUAAUGCGUUCUUUUAGACACGGUCAGUUACACUCUAUAGCACUUCUUAUGCAACACUUGAGAUUGUUAUUUCUCAAAAACAGUGCAAGGUAUAAAUUGAAAUUUCAUAUGUUGUUGUUUUGGACCAUUUUUCUGUAUUGUUGCAUUGAAAUCAUUCAUCCAUUGAUGCUCUGACACUUCUGGGCCAUGUACGGGUUUCAAUGUUCUUGUUUGGAAACUGGACAUUUUUUCAUUCUGAGCACUUGGUUGGUAUACACAAAUUUUUGUGACUCAAAUGUUCACAAUUUUGGAAAACUUGUGACUAAUUUUUUGCACAAAUUGAGUGGCUAAAGGCAGCUUAACAAAGUCGAGGAAAAAGCCCCCGCGUGUGAUUUUCUUUUGCACGUGAUUAUUUUCAAACGACUUACUGAUAUUUAAAAAAAAAAAUGUUAUCAUAAACCUUUGGUGUGCAUUAAGUCGACUGCCGGCAUGUUGAUCGUUAAAUGAGCCAUGUAUUUAACACCAGCUUGAAGCGCAUGUUGAACACAUGUAUGACAUCACACAUAAACACUUGCUGUGUCAUAAAAAUCAUCAAGAUCCAAAUAUUAGUCACGCUCUUAGAAAAUGGGGUUAAAUGCAUGUGCGUAAAGUGUUGUCCCAGAUUAGCAUGUGCAAUACACUAAUCAAGGAGGACACUUUCUGCCUAAACUGGACUUUCGUCAAGAAAAGUCUUCCUUUAAACAACAACUACAAUAAAAGUGGAAAAAGUCGUCAAGACAAAAAUGCAACUCUAUGUAGCUUUAAGGAACAUUUAAAAAAAAGGGAACUUUAUUUUUAAAAUAUCUUAAAAAUAUCUCAUUGAGUUAAAAUUGUUGCACCUGUGCUACAAUUUAGGAAUGUUCAAUUUUUAUGCCCCCAAAGGAGGGCAUAUAGUGAUCGCACUGUCCGUCCGUCUGUUCGUCACACUUUGCAUUUAGGUUUCGAAAAAUGCUCAUUACUUCUAUGUCCCUUGAGAUAUAAACUUCAUAUUUGGUAUGCAUGUGUAUAUGGACAAGGCCUUUCCAUACACACACAAAUUUUGACCCCUGUGACCUUGACCUUGAACUUAGGGUCCGCGUUUAGGUUUCGAAAUCUGCGUUUAGGUUUCGAAAAAAGCUCAUAACUUCUAUCAAGGCGUUUAUAGGGGGCAUAUGUCAUCCUAUAGUGACAGCUCUUGUUUUUAUUUUAAGUUCAGCUGUUCAAUGAUUUUUCAGUGAAAGACAAUAUUUUUAGAUUAUUUCUAUCAAUCUGAAUACAAAUUCUAAGAUAUAUUACAAUAUGAUUUAUUUGUUAAUAUUUCUACCUGUAAUUUUGACCAUAUCAAUGAUACAAAACUGAGAAUUUAUGAAAUAUUGAAUGUUGCAUUAAAAGUGCCAUUGAAUGCAUAGUAAACCAUUGAACUCGUUCUGUUUUCAGGCGUUGCUUGUGUUUGUUGUGGAGUAUUUGAUGUGCAUUUAUAAUGACUGAGACAUGCUUCUUUGUACUUCAGUCAUUGAAUAGCUUUGUUUUGUUUGCACAAUGAUUUUAUCAUUCACCUUGAUUGUUGAAUGUAAAUAAACCAGAUUCACAAUAA